AAGGGGACAUAACUCUAUGGAACAAUCUUGGAGUUCAAAGUUCAUCAUGGCGCUGUCCAGAGGUGUGUCGGGCGUGUUCAUUGUUGCUGCCAGGAGAACAGCCUUCGGGACGUAUGGAGGGAAACUAAAGGAUUUCACGUCGACCGACCUCGGCACAAUCGCAGCCCAGGGAGCUCUGGAAGCCGGCGGAGUCAAUCCUGAACUCAUCAACUCUGUUGUCUUUGGAAAUGUUAUUCAGUCUUCAGCAGAUGCAGCGUAUAUCGCCCGUCAUAUCGGGCUGCGAGUGGGUGUGCCCCUGGAGGUGCCGGCCCUGACCGUCAACAGACUGUGUGGGUCUGGCUUCCAGGCUGUCGUUAACGGAGCUCAGGAGAUAGAGCUGGGAGAGAGCAGCAUUGUGCUGGUCGGGGGAUCCGAGAACAUGACUCAGGCUCCGUACGCUGUUCGCAACAUCCGCUUCGGCACCAAACUUGGCUCAGACAUCAAGCUGGAGGACACGCUGUGGGCAGGCCUGACCGACAUGCACAUCAAGACCCCCAUGGGCAUCACGGCUGAGAACCUGGCGGUCAAGUACAACAUCUCCAGGGAGGACUGUGAUAACUUCGCUCUCGCCUCACAGACACGCUGGCAGAAGGCUUUUGAAGAGGGCGCUUUCAAGGCUGAAACUGUUCCCAUGAAAGUGAAAGGAAAGAAAGGUGAGGAGAUAUUUGAGCGAGAUGAGCACCCACGGCUCGCUCCUGCAGCUGCACUGGCUAAACUACCCCCAGUUUUCAAGAAGAAUGGAACAGUAUCUGCAGGAAAUGCAUCUGGUGUGUGUGAUGGAGCAGCAGCUCUGAUCCUGGCAAGCGAGGCAGCUGUGAAGAAACACAACCUCACCCCACUGGCUCGCCUUGUGUCCUACGGCAUCUCAGGUUGUGACCCCAAUAUUAUGGGUAUAGGUCCUGUUCCAUCCUCUAAGGCUGCUCUCAAGGCUGCAGGGAAGGAAUUGAAAGACAUGGAUCUCACUGAGGUGAAUGAAGCCUUUGCUGCCCAGUCCCUGGCUGUGAUAAAGGAGUUGGGAUUGAACCCAGAGAUCACCAAUGCUUGUGGUGGAGCAAUAGCCCUGGGACACCCUCUUGGAGCCUCUGGAGCCAGGAUAACAGCUCAUCUUGCACACGAGUUGGGGAGGAAAAAUGCAAGGUUUGCUCUUGGAAGUGCCUGUAUUGGAGGUGGGCAGGGAAUCACUGUUAUCUUGGAGAAGGCCUAAGAAAUUUGUGAUACAUGAGAGCGUGGAGUGGACCAUAUGAAUGCCACAGUAUCAGUGAUAUGAAAUCUUGGCACCAUCUGAUUACUUCUGAAUACUGUGUUGUGAGCCUGUGUGUUGUCUUCAUUAAGAAUUGAUCAUGGCGUUGAUAUGUUGAUGGAUCUGUUAUUUGUUAUUGAGUAAACAUUUUUAGGAACCACAUUGUCAUAGUCGUCCAAAAGCAUCUGGAUAGCUAUUAUAUUUGUCCACAAUGAUAAUUAUGUCAAUGUCAAGCAAAAUUCUUGCUCUACGACAGCUGCAGCAUUAUCUAUGAUCAACGUUUUCUAUAUCACUGUUUAUUAAAAUAUUUUGAUAGA